AUGGUGAAGUGGCACAAUAAAGCCCUCCAGAAGAAACCGUAUGCCGACAUCUAUGCAUCACUGGAGCAGUCAAGGUCCAAGGUUAUGAGCCUGCAGGACAGAUCAUCAAUUGUUGUCGAACCCAGACCACCACCUGUUGGCUUAAGUUCAGAUGAUCAUCAGUUGAUUUCCUCUUUAAAGAAGCCAGAUUGGGACAUGAGCGGCUCGGAAGAAAAACAAAUAAAGAAAUUCAUAACGGAUUUAUGGCUACUGAAUGCGUUCAUGAAAGAUAUAGAACAGCUCAAAGAACUGGAAACUAAUAUGGAGAAGUUCUGGGUGGAAGAAGCAAAGAAGACCAUUCACAAAGCAAAGGAUGCCAUUGCCACCAUAAGUAAGCCAACAAGGGCAAACCGGAAAAGUUGGCAGAAGCUUAAGAAGGACAUGACACACUUCGACGCCAGGAUCUCUAAGCUCCUGGAAUCAAAGGAAAAAUCUGAUUUUAAAUUCAUCAGACGAGAGUCAUCAAAAUCAGCUGCCCACCCAUCUGAUCAGCCUGAGGAGUACACAUUUCAUCAUGAGUAUCAGCAGAUUACAGGUGAUAUGGAUUUUUUGUCUGCUUUAAGCAACAUCCAGAACUGGCUCAACCAACUGCCAAAAACAAGCGGAAAAUUGUCAUCUGCUGUCAGCUCACUGAGAAAGGAGUUGGAGAGCACGCAACAGCUUUUCAAAGAUAAAAAGACAACUGAGCAUGCUAGCAAUGCAAGACAUGCUUGCUUGGAGCAACUGAAAAAGCUGGCUCCUGAAGCAGAGCAGUAUUCCAAAACCCACAUGGAAGACUCAGAACAGUGUCCCUCUGAUUUUAUUAAGCAACUCGAGACGACUAUCAUUACUCUUCAAAGACGAAUGAAGGUAUACUCCAUUGAGGUAACAAAGGAGUGCUGCUCAGUAAUUGGUUUGGAAGAAGACAUACAUGAACUGGUCCGGCGACUGACCACAAAUAGUGAGAGUGAACAGAACUCUGUAAUUUCCAUUUUGGGAAUGAAAGGUAUAGGUAAGACAACUCUGGCGAAGGAAGUUUAUCGCCACAAAACCAUUACAAACCAUUUUGAAGUCCACUGUUGGGUAAGUGUACCUGCAAGGUCGAAUGAAAUUGAUCUUUUGAACACUGUUGGAAGCAAGGUACUACCAGACUGGAACCAAGUGGAACAGAGAGGAAAGAAGUACUGGACCAAGACAAUGUGUAAAUUGUUGAAGGAGAAGAGAUGCCUUCUAGUUUUUGACAAUGUCUUGUCAAGGGAAACCUUGGAUGCUCUCAAAAUAGCAUUCCCUGUUGCAGAAAUGACAAAUGGCAGCAGGAUUUUGCUCACCACAGGCAUCAAGGCCUUCGCUGAUUAUUCAAAUGCUCAUGAUGACCCAAAUAAUUGCAUUCAAUGUUACCCUCUUCGGCUUCGAACCCAAGAAGAGAGCUGGGAGUUUUUCACCCAGAUGGUGCACAUUUCUUCUUCCAAGAAAGAGCUAAUUGCCAACGCAAAGAAAGUGGUGGGAAAAACCGGAGGCUUACCACUUGUGAUCUUUCGUCUUGGGUAUCUACUGGCCCGCAACACAUUAGUAACACCUGCUGAACUCUCAAGGUCUCGUGAGCGAAUCAGUUAUGGAAGGAACCAAUCACCGUGGUUAGAUACCAAGGAAAUGAAUAAAGAAGAGCUGCAAAAAGGUUACUUUGAACUCUUCCCUGGCGGGGACUUUGAAAUCCCUGCAAGGAGAUUAGUUGCUUUGUGGGUUGCAAAAGAAUUAGUAAAACUAAAGGAAGAUGAGAAAAGAACUCAAGAAGAAGUUGCUUAUGAGUAUCUAUCAAAGUUAGUUGACCGUAACAUGAUUCAGGUGGUUCAAAGAAAGCCUAAUGGGGACAUCAAGACAUGUUGCUUGCCUUCUGCCCUUCGGGAACUUUUGUUGCGAGAUAAAGGCACUAACAGCACAACCCGCUCGUGGUCCCAAAGUACAAGUUCUGACCAGCAGCAUGUUGCCUAUCAUUUUGAUGAUAAUGAUGCCAGUUUCAGCCGCAUCAAUGGUCUCAACACAAAUUCGGCAAAUGUGCUGCAUGGUAGUUAUCCCCGCUCCAUUCUUUUCUUUGAUACUCGAGAAGGAAAUAAACCCGGAGAGGAAAUAGGUGAGUUUCUUCGCAGGGGAAUUGCAUGUGGUUUCUUUGCAAAGUUGGAGGUUCUUGACCUUGAACGGGUAUUCAAACCAAAAGUGCCGGAGACCAUUGGAAAGUUGAAGAAGUUGAAAUAUCUCGGGUUAAGGUGGACUUACAUAGAGAUCAUCCCAGAAACUAUAG